AUGAAUAUCCCUCACGCCAGUCAUAUGGGCGGAGUAUGGGAAAGACAGAUCCGUACUGUGAGGAAUAUACUAAUAGCCCUAUUAUACCAUCAUGGCAGACAAUUAGAUGAUGAAUCACUCAGAACCUUUAUGGUUGAAGCAGAGACCAUAGUAAAUAGUCGACCCUUGGCAGUUGACAACAUCAGUUCUCCAUAUUCAUCAAUACCAUUGACACCAAAUCACUUGUUAACAAUGAAAUCAAAGGUUGUGCUACCGCCACCUGGAACAUUCCAAUCUUCUGACCAAUAUUCAAGGAAAAGAUGGCGAAGAGUUCAAUAUCUUGCCAAUGAAUUUUGGAAUAGGUGGAAAAAAGAAUAUGUUCAAUUGCUUCAGUGCAGGAAGAAGUGGCCUUCAGUUACCAAAAAUGUUAAAGGAAAUGAUAUUGUCAUUGUAAAGGAACAAAAUUUACCAAGGAACUCUUGGAAACUUGGUUGUGUAUCUGAGGUUAUACCAAGCAAAGAUGGUCUUGUAAGAAAGGCAAGGAUAACAAUGGCUGAUUCCUCACUUGACCCUUUUGGAAGACGAACGAAAGCAGUCGUUAACCUUGAAAGAUCAAUCCACAAACUCAUAUUGUUAGUUGAAUCAUAG